AGUAUGAACACUUCAUCGGAGGCAGUUGUUAUGGAACACUGAAACAUAGUGGGAUUCAUUGGAACUGUUAAUAGAACUCCACGCAGAAAUCCAACCGUUUCUCAUGAUGAGGUUAAAAAUGAUUCAAAAGGACUCAUUUCUUCAAAAAUGGCAAUCAAAAGUUAUUAAAGACUAUGACACAUUAAUAAAGGAGACAGCACGGGGAUGAACGCCAGCAGUGAAACAGUUGGGACCAUGGUCGUAAUGAAUGAAUACGAGGAUGCAUGCAGCAGUGGUGACGAGGAUACCGGUGCAACAUUGCCACCUUGGGAAGCAGCUACUGCAUCCCUGACGUUGGGCUUUCUCAUUUUAGCGACAGUACUAGGAAAUGCACUCGUCAUACUUUCCGUAUUUACGUAUCGACCACUUCGAAUCGUUCAAAACUUCUUCAUUGUCUCCCUGGCAGUUGCAGAUUUGGCGGUGGCCAUUUUGGUCAUGCCUUUCAACGUCGCCUAUCUACUUUUAGGAAAAUGGAUAUUCGGCAUACAUUUCUGUAAGCUCUGGUUAACAUGUGACGUCCUUUGUUGCACAGCAAGCAUCUUGAACCUAUGUGCGAUAGCAUUGGAUCGUUAUUGGGCAAUAACAGAUCCUAUAAAUUAUGCACAGAAGCGUACACUUAAGAGGGUGUUGGGCACAAUUGCUGGUGUUUGGAUCUUGUCGGGAGCUAUAAGUUCACCACCUUUAGCAGGAUGGAAUGAUUGGCCAGAAGAAAUAGAGCCUGGAACUCCAUGCCAACUGACACGCCGUCAGGGCUACGUAAUAUAUUCAUCGCUAGGCUCGUUUUUCAUACCACUGUUGCUCAUGAGUCUCGUAUACCUGGAGAUUUUCUUAGCCACUCGGAGACGCUUGCGGGAGCGUGCCAGACAGAGUAGACUUGGUGUUGUAACUUCGACAAGACAUAGAAACGAAGCAGACGAUGCUGAGGAGUCCGUCAGUAGUGAAACGAAUCACAAUGAACGUUCGGUCAUGCGUGUUCACACUAAGCCGUCGCUAGUGGUCGUUGAGGAUGAGGCUAUUGCUGAGGUUACUAUAAGUGAGCCCGUUAAAAAAAAAGAACAUACCCGGCGACACGGCGUAUCAGCUAGCAGCGACACCAAUGGUGGAGGUACGUCAACAACUGUCUACCAGUUCAUCGAAGAACGACAAAGGAUUUCUUUAUCAAAAGAGAGACGUGCAGCCAGGACCCUAGGGGUUAUUAUGGGUGUCUUCGUUGUAUGUUGGCUACCGUUUUUUCUUAUGUACGUUAUCGUACCGUUUUGCCCCGCAUGCUGCCCAUCGGAAGGCAUCGUAUACUUCAUUACUUGGCUGGGUUACAUCAACAGUGCAUUGAAUCCACUCAUUUACACGAUAUUCAAUCUUGAUUAUAGACGGGCAUUCAGAAGACUCCUCCAUAUUCGUUGAUGAUCAACCGAAGUGGUUCAGUUUGAUGUCGGAAUCAAGAGCUCAACUUACGUUCAUGGUAUUUUACAAUGAUGAUAGGGUCUAACAUCGUCGAGUGUCUCAAACCACGUGUCUAUGGAUCAUUCGUUUUGAAGAUAUUAUUGGUUUUGCUAUUCCACUCUUCUUAACAAUUGAUUCACUCUUUCAUCAUGUUAAUUGGAAACGUUGAUGGAAGACGGGAGAGAAUCAUGCUUCUUCGUCCAACUAGAAUAUUGGCAGCUGGUAGGGAGUAUCCAUAACAAAUUAAUUGUGUAUAUGAAGGACGUAUUAAAAUAUAUUUGGACAGAAUUGGCGGAGCAUAGUCUGUGGAUAUUGAUAAAAUUGAAGGAUUAUAGCUAUCAAAUCUAUAAAUUACAAUUCGAGAAUACUCGUGGAUUGGUUUAAGAUCACGUUGCUCCACCGAUAUAUCAUUGCAGAAUGACGUAGAGUCCUGUUAGUGGGAAAUUAUCACAAUGAAAAACAGUGUCGCGUAACUUAAGCUAAGACCGGAACGUUGAUCGAGCUAUAACAUAUUUAUCAUUUUAUAAAUGUUGGAUUCUGUAACAAAUGGCGCUAUGAAGAUGUUGACGGAUAGAUAAUUUUAGAAAAGAAUUGACCAACCCUCCAAAUUUUUCCUAAAUUAUAGAAUUUAUAAGAGCAUGAUUAAUUGCUGGUAAUGGAAAAUGCUCCAUCGUUGAAUCUACCACUGAGAUUAGAUACAUUCUCUCCAGUUUUGGCAAUACUUCAAUAAUUGGUGAGUGCUUGUGUGGUGUCGCAACUGUAAAAUUUUCCAGUUACUGAAGUGGUUGCCAGCCAUCAUGUUAUACCGUAUCUAUUCAAUGUUUUUACCGCAAAAUUAAGGUUCUUGUUAUCAUUGAGAAUUUCAACGUCUGUAAGCUUUUUAACUAGUCCAAGAGACUAGGUGAAAAUUUUCUGGAUAGAUUUCUCUCAAGAUAAAUUGCAUCCGUUCACUUUCGAGGUUUUUCUAUUACAGAUUCGUUCUUACCGAAGACCAGAUUAUUUCCCCAGAUUGGCAGAAAUAUUCGUUCAUUAUCGUAACUGUAUCAUUUGAAUCAAAGGUGAGCCACAUCUGAAAGCAGUAUUGUAUUCGAAUGGAGCGAUUUUAUAUUAACAGUUCAGUAGAAAUCAAAAUUUUUCGAAUAUCAACGUAUUUAAACCACGAAAAAUGCAGAACAAAAAAUCAUCAUUUUCUCGCUAUGAUCUGAUGUUCAUUUCUAGUGCAUAUUCCUCGGAAAUUUGAAUUGUUGACGAACAUACGGCAAACUACUCUUACACAGAACCACCUUAUUAUUUUGAAUUGCUACUAUAAAUGAUUGAACAUCCGUCAAGCUUUUCGGAUCAAUUGAAUUGAAAUGCAAUCUCAGUUAAUCAGGUAGUCAGUCCUAAGCUCAGCAUACUUUGGCAGUGAUUUCAUGUAUUGAGAAUAGUGUUCCUAAUUAUUUUCUACAUUCAUCAAGGGGUUCAGCUGCAGCUCCGCCAUUCAGUAGAUGUUCGAUAGUACUGUUGAAUGGUAAAAGAUUGUGGAAGGAUUUGAGGAAACGAGAAGAUAUCAAAGAGAAGAGGACUUGAAAAUACAUAGGUAAGAGCUAUUUUUCACAUUUUACUGGGAACAAAGUGAACAAAAAUGUGAAAACUCGAAGAAAUGCAAAUCAAAAAAUAAUUAUCUGUUUUGAGUAGCACUGCCGUAUUUAUUUCGUUCACUAUUUUGUGAAGAGGAUCUGUAAAAUAUAUCUUAGGUUCAAUUAUAUAUUCCAUUAGCGAGUAUCAAGUAUGUUGCUCAUUUAUUGAAAAUGAAAGGACUGCGAGAGAAGUCUAAGAAAAACGAAGAGAACAGAUUCAAUGUA